AAGCUUCACCAGACAUGUCGUACUGGACGCUUGGGCUGUUCUGCGUGGGUGUAGGAGUGGCGCUUGUGGCGUUGUUCAUCUGCUGUGGUUAUAUGCUGGCGGUGGAUGUGACGCUGACCACGUCGCGGUUCCUGGCGUACCCGCCUGGGGCAGUCUGGAGGGGCCUUGCCGACCACGAGUCGAACCCUGUGACGGGGCAGGCAUGCCGUUCACAGCGUCCGUUUGGCACGGGAGACAUGCCUGGGUGGGUGGAGCAGAUGGGCUCGUCGUCGGUGGUGGUCAAGACAGUGGAGAGCAACAAGCCGACCCUUUUGGUCCGCCACUUUGACGACCGCGGGACAACCAUGACUUCUCGCAUGGUGUACCAGAUGGAGGCUGCCGAAGAGGAGGGCGUCCGUGGCACCCGCAUCACCAUGAUCCAGGAUGUCUCCGUCCCGCGCGGCACUUGGCACACUCCGCUCUUUCGCAUCCUCGUCCGCAUCUUUGGUACAAAGGGCAUGACCGCUUUUCUCGCCCGCCUCAAUCGCUACCUCGGUCGUACCUGAGCCGACGUGGUCUGGCUUGCCGGUGCGCUUUGUUUUACGCCACGGCCGCCCUACGUAGUAGCUUCUUGCAGUAAAGCGAGUCCGGAAAG